AUGCCUUCUGAGGAUGAGCUCUCCAGGACGCUGAGCAGGCUCUUGCGCUACGAAGCGACGAAGUACAGACUGAACCAAGACGUUGCUGGCUGGGUUGAGAUGGAGGAGCUUAGAUGCAAGUGCCAAAUUCCAGGAUCCGUCGAGGACAUUCUCCGGGUCGCCAGCACAAGCAUGGGGAGGCAGGGCAGACGUUUUGAGGUGGACAGGCCAAAGGGUGGCCCCAUUCGCCUGCGAGCCACGUACGCGCACGGGAGGCCCACAGCUGCGGCAGCAAGCCAAGAGGCCCACGUGAGGGACGCGAAAUGGGGAGCAUGGCCAGAAAGCCACCACGCCUCGAAGCUGAAGGUUUCCAGAGAAUCCCAGAAGGAUGGACGGAUUGGUUCAGCAGACCCAAACUGGGAUCCAUGGAAAGAAGCAGCGUCGGCACACACCAGCCAAGGCCAGCGCCGGGGGGCGCAACGGACGCAGAAGACCAGAGAAGAAGCGCAGUGCCAGGAAGUUUCCCAAGAGACGUGGCAGAAGUUUGCGCAUCCCGACUCGGGGCGGCUCUGGCUCUUCUGUCCCGAGACAGGAGAAUUCUUUUUCGAGGACACUGCGGAGGAGCAUGGCUGGACGAUGUACAACUCUGAAAAAGGCCCCUGGUGGUUUCACACCUGCGGCCGCUUUUUCUUUGACCCUCCUUGA